AUGGCGCUGACAUGGGGGCCAGCCCUCCCACUGCCAACACAUGUCAGUCUUCUACUAUUAUUUGGUCUCCUUGUUUGGGGGCUUUGGGGGCUGUUUUCUGGGAAGCAGAGCAGGGAGCAGGUGGUGGCAGAGACAGACUCAGAGACUUCAAAGCAACAUCGAUUGAAAAAGAUCCAGAAAUUCACAGGUCAGGAAGAUCCUAUGUUUUAUUUUCAGCUGAAGGCUCAACGGUGGGAAGAAAAUCUCAGGAUGGGUUGCAUUAAAACUAACCUGACAUCCUUUUCAGAGCUCCCUAGGGGAUGGACCCAAGAAUGUAUACUUUGUCUUCAACAGAUCUUCCAACAUCUGGAAAAUGCAAGAUCAGCUCUUAUGGAAUCAUGUUUGCUGGAACCACAGUACACGAUUUCUUCCUCUACUUCCUCUGAUUUUGUGGAUCAGGAGCCUAUUCUACCCUCUUGUGACUGUAAGACAGCAAAAUAUUCUACUACGCACACCACUUCCUCUGGAUCAUCAAGCAACAACUUCAGUUUGUCUCACUUUCCUGUCUUUUCUGAAGGAACAACCUGGAAAUUCUGGAGCCAUAGUUUACCUAUUUUAUCUAAAAAGCAACCAUCUGUGUUCAAGAACCAAGGCAUAUCCCUGCCUCCUUUGCAGCUCUCAGAGCUUGGGAAAUCAAAACUCCUUCAGAAUUUGGCAACUCUUUCAGCCUUAAGACCUCAAAGCUCUUUCACCAACUCUACUUUCUGCAAACAAGUGAAAACAAAAGAUGGGAGAAGGAGCAAGAACCAUCUGACUUCAGAUCAUUGGCCAAAUUCUAUUUUUAAGGGCAGACCACGAUUCCCAGAUCAGGCUCCAAUCCAGAUCCCUCCUUUGACUAGGUGGGAGUUAGAGGGACAUAUGGCUUGGAAGGUUUGUACUUUGCAGAAACAUGCAGUACCUCUGCCUGUGAGGGAAUCAUGGGCAAGGUUAAAUUAUUUAAUUGAGGUACAAGGAAACAUCCCUGAACUAGAGAGAUCCCAAAUCCAGUUAUCUAUUCCCAUUCAUCAAAAUACUGAGCAAAAUAUCAACAAUGAAUCCCCAGACCUUCCAUCAUUUCAGCGCCAUGUGAACAUUGGGGUGGAACCUGAAUUAAAUAGAACAGAAACAAAAAUUUCACAAUCACUUAUCCCAGGUAAGCAGUCACAACCUAGGAGUGGCCCUCAAAUCCUUGGAUCCAAGCUGUUAGUUACAUCAAUGGGCACUCCACCUCCCAAAAGUUUAGGAGUUGACAUAAUCCAAAAAGAAACCACCUUACUGGAGAAGGAUCCAAAACAUGAGUCAGAGCUUAAGAUAAAGCAGAGGGUAAUAGGUCUUCCAGAAAAAAGCAAACAGAAGCAUGAGACCCACGUGACUAGUGUGGAGUUGACUCCAAGGCUACCAUAUCAAGUCACAGAUAGCAUAAAGGUAACUCCAUUGGCAUUACUUCAAGCCAUGGAUUCAAUGGGGAUGAUCCCAGAAUCACAUUCAGAAGUGACAGAAUUUGUGGGUUUGUUUCCGCAGCCAAAUGAAGCUGUGAAACCAAUGGAAACAGUGAGUGUAAGCUCAAAACCAACAUAUCAAGUCAUUGAAUCAGUGGAGGUAACCUCAAGGCCCCAGCACCAAGUUACAGAAUCAAAGAAGAUUAUCUCAAAACCACUGAAUCAAGUUACAGAUAAUGUAAAGGUAACUCCUGUAGCAUUGCUUCAAGUCAUGAAUUCUAUGGGGAUGAUUAAAAAAUCACAUCCACACAUCCCAGAAUCAAUGGGAAUGACCCCAAGGUCACAAUAUCAAGUCAAGGAGCCAGUGAAGAUGAGCACAUUGUUGGACCAUCAAAUCAUACAACCAGAAAAAAUGAGUCUGAGGCCACAGCAUGCAGUCACAGAAACUGUGGAAAUGACUCCAGGUCCACAACAUAAAGUUAUUGAAUCAGUGGCUUCAAAGCUGCAAAAUCAAGUCACGGAACCACUUAAAAUUAUUCCAGGGUCUAUGUGUCAAAACACAAAAUCAUUGAAUAUGAUGCCUAGAUCAUUGCAUCAAGUCAUGGAUAUCAUGAAAGUAACUCCAGAGGCACUAUUACAAGCUAUGGAUUUCAUGGGAAUAAUUCCACCAGCACAGCCAGAUGGUAUAGAAUCUGGGAAUUUGACCUCCAGUUCACAGUUGCAAGGUAUGGAAUGUGUUCAUUUGAGCCUACCACCAGAGUUGCCAGGUACAAAAAUUGUGGAGUUGACCCCAAGACCACAACAGGAACAUACGCAAUCUGUGGAGUGGGCCCCAAAGUCAUGUUUACAAGAUAUAAGACCUGAGGAGAUAGCCCAAGUACUAUUGCUUAAAGAUAUAAAAACUCCUCAAGUGGUAGAAUGUAGAAGGCUGAUUCCUGAGAGACAGGUAGAAGGUAUGAAAUAUGAGGAGCUGACCCCAAGCAUACACAUUCCAGCAGUAAAAUCUGUACAAUUGUUACCCAAACCAAAUCAUCAAGCCACAGAACUUGAAGAAUUGACCCCAUGGCAUCAAGCUUCAGAAUCUUUAGGGAUGAUUUCAGAGCCAGCACAUCAAGAAACAGAACCAAUGUUGAUCUGUGACACUUGUUACCAUGAGAAAGAAUCUGUUGGGUUGACACCAUCAUCUUUAGGAAAUACCCCAGGGCCAUUGGGACAUGCUUCAAAAUCUAGGCAGAUGAACUCAAUGUCAUUUCAAGGUACUCUUGACACAAAUCUCCAAAGUGUAAAAGCCAUGGGGGUGACUCCGGUUUCACAACAUACAAUACAACAAUCUCUGAAGGUGGUACCAGGAUCAGAGAUGCAAGGUUUGAAAUCAGAGGUGAUGAUCCCAGACUCCCAACAUACUAAGUUUGUCCUGAAUCUAGGACUACAUUCAGAAGUUAUGGACUAUGAGGAGCUGAUCUCAGAACCACAGUUUCAAAAAUCUGUGCCAUUGACCUCAGUAUCACGGCACCAAAAUAUAAAACUUGAGUUAGUCCCACUAGUGGUAGGAUCUAAAGAGUUUAUUACAGGACAAAAACCACAUGUAAUGGUGUUGUCUCCAAAGCCGCAGCCCAAGGAAGUAAUGUACAGGCAGUUGGAUCCAGAGCCACAAUUACAGGAUGUGAAAUAUGUUAAUUUAGUCCAACAGUCAACUACUACCAGAGUGCCAGAAUCUGAGAAGCUGAUACAAGAGCCAGUGCUACAAAGCAUGGUUUCAGAGGACUUGACUGUAGGGCCACAGUCACAAAGUGUCAGAUUUUCAAAGUUAUCACCAGGGCCACUUCUUCAAGGAGAAAAAUUUGUAGAUUUAAUUGCAGGGCCCCCACACCAUGUUAUAAAAUUUGAUGAAUUGACCCCAGCUUUCCCAGUGCAAGAAACCAAACUGUCAGAUUUCCCCCUACAGCCAAAGCAUCAAAGUGUUACAUCUGUACAGUCAACUUCUGAACUGCAACCUCAAGGUAUGAAAUUUGUGGAACGAAACUCAGAACUAUGCUUGGAAGAUGUUAAACUUUCUGAUUUAGACCCGGAAUCAAAGCACAAAGGUUUCAAACCUGUGCAGUUUAUACCAGGAACACAGAUUCAAGAUAUAAAGUCUGUAGGGUUUGUAGCAGAAUCAACUUUGCAGUUAAGCAAAGGGCUCCCAGGUGAAAAUAUGAAAUCUGUUUUGUCUAUUGAAGGAUCACAAUUUCACAGCAUGAAAUCUGUGAAAUUGACCUCAGAAAUACAAUAUCAAGGUGCGAAAUCUGAGGAACUGAAAGCAGGGCCAAGGCAGCAAGAUGUCGAAUUUUCUGAAUUGACUUCAGGGCCAAAGCUUCACAGUGUCACAUUUGUGGAACAAACCCCAGGAUCACUGUUUCAUGGUAUGAAUUCUGUGGAGAUGAUUUCAGAGUUAGGGCUUCAAGAUUCUAAAUUAGCAAAAAUGUCUCAAGGGUUUCAACUUACAAAAGAGGUCGGGCUUAACCCAGAGCCAUGGCUAGAAGAUGUGAAAUUUUGUGAUCUGGCAUCAGGAACUCAAUCUCAAAGUGUGAUAUCUUCAGAGUUAAAAUCAGGGCCACAACUACAAUGUGCAAAAUUAUUUGAGUUGACUCCAGAGCCAAAGAAGCAAAGAGGAAGAUCUAUGGAGUUGACCCCAGGACGUGAACAACAAGGGGUUAAGCCUGAGAUGUUAGUUAAAGAGCCACUGUUUCAAGGUGUAAAAUGUGUAGAGGUAGGUCAAAUGUUAAGCUUUGACAGUGACAUUUCACAUAAAUUAGUCUUGGAGACACAGAUUGCAGAUGCAAAAUUGAUGGAGUUGACUCCUGAGCAAGAGUUGCCUAGUGUAAACUUUUCUGAGUUGACCAGAAGACCACAGUUACAAGGUAUGAAAUCUCUUGAAUUGACCCAAGGACCACAAUUAGAAGAUGUAAAACCUGUGGAGUGGACCCCAAUCUCAGCAUUUCAAGGUUUAAAAUCUGAGGCAGCAAUCCCAGGGCCACAGCUGGAAGAUGUGAAAUCUGUGGAUUUAACCCCAUGGUCACAUUUGGGAGGUGCGAAAUCUAUGGUAGUAACCCCUGGGCCACAGGUAGGAGGUACGCAACAAGUGGGGUUGACUCCAGGCUCAAAACGUCAAGGUUUGAAGUCUGGAUUGUUGAUCUCAGAAUCAGAGCUGAAAGAUGUGAAAACUGUGAUCUUAAGUGCAGAACAAUGCCUAAGAUGCCCAAGUCCUCAGUUGGAAGCCGAGAAAUCUGUGGAGAUUAAUUUAGGGCCACAGAUAGAUGUCAAAUCUGUGAAAACCAUCCCAGAUUCCAAGCCUCAAGGUGUGAAGUCUGUUCAGUUGUCUCCACAUUCAAGAGUUGAAGAAUUCAGAACUGUAGAGUUGGCCCCCAGGGCACAAAUGCAAGAUGUGAAAGCUGAGGAAUUAAAACUCGGGCCAAAGAUGCAAGGGGAGAAUUCUGUGCCUUCUGCACCAGAGCCAUUGCUCCAAGGGCCUCAGUUGCAAGGUAUGAAACCUGAGGAAUUGACUUUAGAGCCACAAAUGCAAGACAUGAAAUUUGUGGAGAUUACCCCAUGUUUAAAGCUUCAAAGUUUAAACUUGUUAGAGGAGACUCCAGAUCCACUGCAAUAUGUAAAACCUGUGAAGUUGAUCCCAAGGCUAAAGAAGCAGGCAGAAAAACACAUGAAUGUAAUCAGAAUACAAGAGUUUCAAGGAGUAAAAUCUGUGGAUUUAGCUCAAAAGCAAGAGUUUCAAGGGAUGGCACUUGUGAAUUUAACUCCUAGGCCAGAACAGAAUGGAGAGGUAUCUGUAAUCUUACCAGAGCAGCAAUGUAUGAAUUCAGAGCAAUUGAAGAGAGGGUCUAAGUCAGAAGAUGGGAUGUCUUUGGAGUUAAUUCCAGAGCUAAAAUUUAAAGAUAGAAAAUCAGUAGACCUCAACUUUGAGUUACAGUUGAAUGAUAUGAAAUCAUUUGAAUUGACUCCAGAAUCAGAUAUUCAAGGUGUAAAAUCUAAAGAGUUUAAACCUGAACCACAGUUGCAAAGCAUAAAAUCUCCCAAAUUGACCCUAGGGCCACAGUUGCACCAAGUAAAACCCUUAGUGUCAAUUUCAGAGCCACAGCUUCAAGGGGCAAAAACUGUUGAUCUGAAACAAGAGCCACAGCUUGGAAGUAUGAAAUGUAUUCAGUGGAUACCAGGACCUGAGUUCCAAGGUGUGAAAUCUGUAGGAUUAAAACUUGGGUCACGAUCUCAACGUGUCAAAGCUGCACAGUUGAGAUCGUUGUUAUAUUCAAGAGAUGUGAAGUCAUCUAAAUUGACUCUAGAGCCAAAAACUCAAGGUACAACAUAUAUGGAGUUCAAUCAUGGGCCACAGUUGCGGAGUGUGAAAGCCUCUGAGUUGCCCCCAAGACAACUGCAAAAAGGGAAAUUUUUGGCAUCAACAUUAGAGCCACAGCUUCAAGGCACAAAAAGGGUGGAGUUAAACCAAGAGCCACAGUUUGGAAAUACGAAAUCUGUUCAGUGGAUACCUGCACUAGAGUUCCAAUGUAUGAAAUCUCUGCUAAAUCUUGGGUUACAAUCUCAAUGUGUCAAACCAGCAGAGUUGAAACCUUUGAUACAGUUAAGAAAUACAACAUCAUCCAAGUUGACUCCAAAGCCAGAGCUCCAAGGUAUACAAUUUUUAGCAUCACCCCAGGAACAUCAGCCUGAAGGUUUUGAUUUGAAACCUCAUCUACAGUUUAGAAGUAUGAAAUCAUGUGACCUGACUUCAAGGUCAAAGCCUUGUGAUGUAAAACCUAUGAUGUUCAAAUCUAGGCUUCACUUGCAUGACAGGAAAUCUAAAUUGACCGCAGGACUUCAGCUUCAAAAAGUGAAACCCUUACAGUCAUCCCCAGGAACACAGCUUCAAGGUGUAAAGUCUCUGGUGCUUACACAAGAACCACAGCUUCCAGGUGUAAAAUCUGGGGUAUUAAGUCAAGGGUCACAAUUACAAAGUGAUAAAACUAUAGAGUCGAGCUCCCCACUACACUUGAAAAGUAUGAACUCAUUUGAGUUCGCUCUUCAAACAAAGCUUCAAGAUGUGAAAUCUGAGGAUUUCAACUCUGGGUCACAGUGGCAAGGUCUGAAAUCUUCUAAGUUACCACCUGAUAUAAAGUCCCAAGAUAAGAAAUUUACUGAGUUAAAUCCCAGCUCACAGUUGCAGGGUACAACAUUUUCUAAAUCUACUAUAGGGACAAAGAUUCAAGGUGUCAAUUGUACAGAUUUCAACUCUGGGUCAUUGUUACAAGGUAUGAAAUCUUCUGAAGGGACUUCAAAGACAAAGCUUCAAGAAGUGAAAUCAAGAGAAUUCGAGUCAGACCCACAAUUGCAAGGUAUAAAAACGUCUAGGAUGAUCAUGGAUAUAGAGCUUCAAGAUGUAGAAUCUAUGAAUUUCAGAUCUGAACCACACUUGCAGAGUAUGAAAUCUUCUGAAGUGACCCCAAAGGAAAAGCUCCAAGGUGUGAAAUCUGUAGAACGGAAACCUAGUCCAGAGUUACAAGAUGAGAAAUCAGGUUUGACCCUGGGGAGGAAGUUUCCAGGGGCAAAAUCUGUAGAGAUGGACUCAGGUCCAAAAUUACAAGACAUAAAAUGUUCUGAUUUGAUCAUGGGUAUAAAGCUUCAAGAUGUAAAAUCUAUGGGGUUCAACUCUAGACCACACUUUAAAGGUAUGAAAUCUUCUGAAGUGACCCCAGGGGCAAAAUUUCAAGAAAUGAAAUCAUUCUUCAAUUCCAAACCACAGAUACAAAGUAAAAAAUCUCAGUUAAUUCAAGCAACAAAGCUUCAAGUUUUGAACUCCUUAAGGUCUAACCAUGGUUCAACGUUACAAGGUGGAAAAUCUUCUGAUUUAACUCAGAGGAAGAAGCUUCAGGAUAUGAAAUCUAUGGAGUUCAACCCUGGACAACAGAGACAAGAUGAGAAAUCUGAUUUGACACUAGAAUGGAAGCUUCAAGAUUUGAAAUCUGUUGAGUUAAAACCUGUUCCACAUUUACAAGCUGUGACAUCUGAGUUAAUACCAGAGACAAAGCUUCAAAGUGAAGAAUCUGUGGAGUUCAUCACCAGGCCAAUGUGUCAAGAUACAAAGUCUUUUGAAUCAACUCUACGCACAAAGGAACACCACGUUAAAACUUUGGGGUUUAGCUCAGCCCCACAAGAUAGGAAAUUGUCCAUGUUGACACAAGGCACACACCUACCAAGUGUGAAAUGUGUGGAAUUCAACCUGGGGGCAAAUUUGCAAGGUGCAGAAUCUGAAUUGAUAAAGCUUCAAAUAGAAACCUCUACAGAGAUCAAUGAUGGUCCCAAAUUUCAGGUUGCAAAACCCUCUGAGUUGGCCUUGGAAUCAAAGGUUCACAAUGUAGUAUCUUCUGAGUUCAAUGCUGGAAAGCAAUGGCAAGGGAUAAGAUCUGAGCUGAGCACCACGAUGAAGCUUCCAGAUGAGCCAUUUCUGGAAUUCAAGCAUGAACCUAAAUUGCAAAGUGGGAAAUCUUCUGAACUGAACCCAGGGCCACAGUGUCAAUGUAUAAAUUUUAUGGCAUUCAACACUGGGCCCCAGUUGCAAGGUCUAGAAUCUUCUGAGUUGGACCCUGGGCCAGGGCUUCAAGGUAUAGAAUCUAAGGUGUUCUGCUUUGAGCCAUAUUUGCAAAGUAUGAAUUCUUCCUCAUGCACUUCAGAACCAAAACUUCAGCCUAUAAAUUCCACUGGAUGCAACACUGUGCCACAUUUGCAAGGUGUGAACCCUUCUGAAUUAACUUUAGUUUCAAAACUUCAAGGUAUGAAGCCUUCUGAACUGAAUCCAGGGACAGAGAUUCAAAGUGAGAUAUCAAUGGUGUUCAACGCUGGACCACACUGGCAAGGUCUGAAAUCUAAAAUGACUCCAGAAUCAAAGUUUCUAGGUGUAGCACCUAUGGAAUGCAACCCCAGGCCACAGAUGCAGUGUGAAAAUUCUUGUGUGUUGACUCCAGGGCCAAAAGUACAAUGUGUAAAUUCUACUGGAUGCAACCGUGGGCCACUCUUGGAAGGUGUAAAAUCUUUUGAGUUGACUUCGGGGACAAAAUUUCAAGGUAUAAUGACAACAGAGUUCAACCCUGACUCAAAACUGCAAGGUAUGAAUUCUUCUGAAUUAAAUUCAGGGUCAGAACUUCUAGGGCCACAAAUACAAGGCAUGAAACCUUGUGAAUUGAACCCUGAGCCAGAAUCUCAAGGCACAAAGUCUAUUUUGUUUAAUCCUAGAUCACAUUUGCAAGGUGUAAAAUCUUCUAAGUUAACUCCAGGGACAAAGUUUCCAGAAGUCCAAGUUUUGGAGAACCACCUUGGGUCACAGCAACAAGUUGGGCACUCUGUUUUGGGUCCUCAGUUAGAUGGUGCAAAAUCUGUGUUAUUUUUACCAGAGCCGUUGCUUGAAGAUGUAAAGUCUGUGACAAUGAACAAAGAGUCAUUGCUUUGUGGUGCGAAUUUUGUGCAAUGGAUUCCAGACUCUGAGCUGCAGGACUUAAAAUAUGAGACGUUUGCACUGGAGUCAUGUUUUACAAAAGUGAAAUCUGUAGAGUUAAGUCCAGGGUCAAAUAUUGAAUUGAAAUCUGCAGAAUUAACCUCACAGCCAACAUCUCCAUUUGAGGAUCCCACAGUGUUAACUCAUGAACAAGAGCUUCAGGCUGUGAAAUCUAUAGGGAUAAAAACAAGGCCUCCUCAAGUUAUGCAAUCUGAGGAUUUGAAUCUAAGACAGGUAUAUCAGAAUAGGGAAUCUGAGGAGUUGACAUCAGAAGAAGAGUUACAAAUGGAGAAUUAUUCCUCUAGGUUUCCACACAACUCUUCAAACUCAGUCAUCUCAAGCUCUGUCAAAACAACCUCUGAAUUAGGAGGCCCUUGGGAUUCUGAGAUGACUAAAGUAUCAAGAGUCUUGGAUAUAAAAAGCCUUUGGACAGAUAUUUUGCUGCCUGAAGGGUCCUUUAUAGACCCUGCUUCAACCUUUCCCUUGUCCCUUCAUAAUCAACCCUCAGAUAAGGCAGCUAAUACUGUAGGAACCACCCAUUCUGAGAUCCCAGGAGUGAAUGUCAUAUCUAAGGAGAGGAUUCUGAAGGGACAGAUGGCAGAGAUAGAGAAUUCACUCCAGGGCUUCUUCCCACAUCCUCCACAAAGCUGGAGAUCACCAGCUAGGACCUUCCAGACAGGAUCAGGGCCUAGAAGAGACCUUACCUGGUCUGUCCUAGGAAGACAACAGAAUGUCUGGGAGAGUCACUCCUGGAAGCAGAAACUACCUAGAAAAUAUCUCUCCAAUAUGCUAAUGCUGGGGAAUGUCUUGGGAACCACUAUGGAAAGGAAGCUUUGUUCUCAAAUAUCUUUAACAGCAAGAGCCACUGCAGAUACUCAAUCUAUUCAGAAUUUAUUUGGGGUUCCAGCUGAACUGAUGGAAUUUUCCCAGAGUCUGGUAGAGACAGGUCAAGGUACUGUUUCUCCGGCUUCAGUGGUCAAAAACUACAUUCAGAGACAUACUUCAUGUCAUGGUCAUGAGAAAAGAAUGGCCUUAAGGAUGUGGACACGUGGUUCUAUGUCCUCCAUAAUACAGCAAUACUCUGGAACUAGAGUGAGAAUAAAGAAAACAAACUUCAGUGAUAUAUCUCAGGAAGUCAUUCAGCACAUUCCUGUUUCAUAUACAGGGGACCAGCUUCUUGACCCAGUAAAGUCAGAAUCUUCCCUCAAUAUAUUUUUCACUGUGAAAGACCCUGUUCCAGUGAAAGAGAGUGAGAACUUACAGAGUGAUUCACAGACAAGGAUUUUUGAGUCCCAAUACCCCCUCAAGCCAAAUUAUCUUUCCCAGGACAAGGCUGACUUCUCAGAACAGCUCCAGUUGCUACAAGAUCUGCAGCUAAAAAUAGCAGCAAAACUGUUAAGAAGUCAAAUACCCCACAAUGUACCUCCUCCGCUAGCUUCAGGACUGGUCCUAAAAUACCCUAUCUGCCUACAGUGUGGUCGAUGUUCAGGUUUUAAUUGCUGUCAUAAAUUACAAGACACUUUGGGGUCUUAUCUUAUUAUCUAUCCACAGCUCCACCUUGUGAGCACUCCUGAAGGUCAUGGAGAGAUUAGAUUGCAUCUUGGCUUUAGGUUGCGAACUGGGAAAAGGUCCCAAGUCCCAAAGUAUCAUAGAAGAGACAGACCCAUCACACCAAGGAAUCCGACAUCACUAUCACCAAGGAAAGCUAAAAUGUGUACUCGAGCUCCCAGGAGUCCUACUUCCACACUAGAUUUCCUGUCUCAGUCUUCCCAGUCUCCUGCUCCUGUACAAGUCCACAUUAGACAAAAGCAAUGUGGCAGCCCUGACCUUAUAGGAAAGACAGAUGGUGGAGAGCCUGGGCACUAUGAAUUCACUGAAGUUCGUUCUUUACCAGAGAGUGACUCUAAAAGCGAUCAGGAUGAAAAAUGGGCUGAAGUGAGCACAGAAUACACCCAUGAUUCAAAAUAUCCAACAAAAAAAAUAACCAAGGGAGUUAGAACACAAAACAAAAAGUUCUACAUGAACAGUAGGACCUUAAAAAACAAUCUUUCUAAGGAAUUACCAGCCCAAUUAAAAAUGAAAAGGAAUGGAGCACCUCGGACAACUACUGCCUCUUUUAAAAGACAACCUAAGAAAUCCUCCCAACCCAAAUUUAUUCAAAUGGUUUUUCAGGGACUAAGGAAGGCAUUCCAAACAGCACACAGAAUUAUGGCAUUUGUUGGACAGAAGCCUGAAGACAGAACAAGGGAAGGCCAUUUGUGGUCAAGCAAAAACUACCAAACAAAACAAAAAGCCAGAGACUACUGCUUACUAAGAGAUACCAAAAAAGAGAGGAUGUCGGCUAUGAAACUAAAGCCAACAGAGUCAGCCAUUGAACAGAAGAGCAUGCUGUGGGAAGGAACCGACCAAUUCAGAUCAGCUCAACAAUCAAAAACAGAUAGCUCUUUCCAACCCAUACUUUUCCCACUGCCCAGAUGUAGAGUUUCCCAAGGAAGUACCACUUCUGAAACCACCACAAUCAGAUAUCCUUUGGAUACCAUUCGAAGUGACAGUGGCAGCAGACUUAAGAAAAACUUCUACAGAAAAGAAAUCUCUAGCCCAGAGUCCAAGAACUCCAGAACAAGUAUCAGAGUUUGGGCCCAAGGGAGAAUCCUACAUGAUACCACUGUGAAGAGAACCUCACACAGUCACCUUAAAGAGAAACUCACACAUAACAAACCAAACCACUACAGCUUCCCUAAGGAAAGAACCCCAUGUAAUUUCUCCCAGAGAAGCCAUCACGGUUCCUCUCAGAGAAGCCGUCACAGUCCCUCUCAGAGGAGCCAUCACAGUCCGUCUGAAAGGAGCCAUCGCAGUCCCUCUCAGAGAAGCCGUCGCAGUCCCUCUCAGAGUAGCCACCGCAGUCAUUCUCAGAGGAGUCAUCGCAGUUCAUCUGAGAGGAGCCAUCGCAGUCCCUCUCAGAGGAGCCGUCGCAGACCAUCUCAGAGAAGCCGUCGCAGUCCCUCUCAGAGUAGCCACCGCAGUCCUUCUCAGAGGAGUCAUUGCAGUUCAUCUGAGAGGAGCCAUCGCAGUCCCUCUCAGAGGAGCCAUCGCAGUCCAUCUCAGAGAAGCCAUCUCAGUACAUCUGAGAGGAGCUGUCACAGUCCCUUUCAGAGGAUCCAUCGCAGUCCCUCUCAGAGGAGGGGUCACAGACUGUCUGAGAGGAGAUGUCGCAGUCCCUCUGAGAGGAGAUGUCGCAGAUUGUCUGAGAGGAGAUGUCGCAGUCCCUCUGAGAGGAGAUGUUGCAGAUCGUCUGAGAGGAGAUGUCGGAGACCAUCUGAGAGGAGAUGUCGCAGUUCCUCUAAGAGGAGAGGAUACAGUCUUCCUGAGAGCAGACAGCCCAGGCCCUGUGAGAAGAGCCAUGGCAGUCCAUCUAAAAGGAGAGGGCAUAGUCAUUCUGAGAGUCGCAGACACAGUCACUCUAAUAGGAACCAACACAGUCCAUCUCAGAAAACCCAUGGAAGUCCCUCUGAGAGAACUCAUCACAGCGUCCCUAAUGAGAGGCCCAGACAUAAUUUGUCUAAAGGUUUCAAGUGUCACUCAAAUACAUCUCCUAGGGACCACACAAAAAACCCCAAAGCAGGGCAAGUUUGGAGUCUCGAAACCAGUAGAUGA